ACUGGCUAGACGCCGUAAUGACGCUCGUUGUCUCAUAGCGAAAAAUAUUUUUGUGAUUGCUCCUUUUGUAUUAUAUUUGUGUUGUAAAUACGAGUAUAUAGAUUACGGAGUAAAAGUUGUUGUAUCAAAAUGUCUGAUAGUGACGACGAUUUAAUGCCAGAAAGUUUACUAAAAUAUCAACAUGAAAGAACUGGUAUGCAUACUCAGAGACCUAAUGUAAAUAACACUCAUAUAACUAGUUUUAGUGUAAGAAAUCAUAAUAUGAUGACCUCAACUUUUAAUAUGCCAACUUAUGAACGACAAAAGUAUGGGGGAGGUUUUGAUCAAAGAAGAAUGUGCUACCGAAGAGAAACAUCUCCAAUGUCACUUCGAAGCUUUCCUGACUCUGGAAUGCAGAAUUUUAAUAGUUCAUAUUACCCUAGAGCCAUGAGUUCACAGAGAUCAGUAUUUAAUGGUAGAAGUGGAUCCCCUAUGUCCGUAAGGAGUAUUGAUUCAAAUGCUAGUGUUAGCGCCGCUGAUAUAGCAUUAGCAUUCAAAAAUGUUAAGUUCAAUAAAUAUGAUUUAAGAUUGAUUAAAGAAGCCUACAAUAAGUUUUUGAAAAACCGAGUCCGUAAAAGAAUAGAAAAGAGACGAAAUCUAAAGCUUUUCUUAAAGAGUACAAAACGAGAAUCGGGUGAUGACUCUGGUGCGCAGGGAAGUGAUUCUUCAAUAAGCAGUGAUGAUUGUAGAUCUACAAGGACGGCAAUCUAUAAAGAAAAUUUACCUCUAUCAAGACCGAAACCUAUAAGAACGGAUAUAACAAGCAUUAGAACCACUAUAAAAGAAAGCAAUAUGUAUGAAGACUGCACUGAAAAUAUUAAACAGAACACAUUAAGAAAUAUUUUAGCUGUAAAUGACCAAGUACAUAUUAAACCCACCAACACAAUUAAUUCUAAACCACAAAAUGGGACACAGUUCACUCUGAAAGAUCGAUUUGCAAAAAGAAAUGCAUUUGUAUUGCCUUCACAGAGAUUCAACAAAACUGGACCGAAAACCACAACCAAAAUAAUUGAAAACCAACCCAAUCCUCUAAAUAAUAAUAAACUAACAAAAACUAAUGACAUUGAGUGUGGAAGUGAGAAUGAGGAAAUCUUCUCUGAAGUAACUGUUAGAGAAAAUGUACACGAAUCAACAUCAUUAGAACGGAAAAGAAAUCUUGAAAUUGAAGAAUCAAAUAAUAUGAGCACAAAGAGGAAAAAGCUGACAAAUUCUCCUUUAAAAUGUAACAAUGAAUCGUUAGUUAGCUCAAGUUUAAUCAAUACACACAGUGAUUUUAAUUUUAAGAAACCAGAAAUGCCUGUGCGAAGAUGGAUCAAAGCCAAUGACAUAACUCUUACUGAGAAAUUAAUAUCUAAGUCUGCUCAACCUAUGGUUGAUGAUUUUGACCUAGACUUUAGCCUAAGCCAGAGUAAGCAAGUUAAAAAUAACAAAGAUGUCAACAAUUCAACUCAGCAAAUAUCUCAACAUACUUCAGAAACAGUAAACACUAAUAAUGAAACAGAAAUAUCACAGAACACAACUGAUGUUUCUUUGAGACCCAGUUUUAUUAAGCGUAAAUUAUAUUCACAGAAACUAGAUGUUCUAGAUAAAAAGAAUUUAAGCAUAGAAAAUCAGGAUUCAAACAGUCCACAACCAAAAUUAUAUGCAGGAGAGAAACACAAAGUCCGGAAGCUUGUGACAUCACAGUCAUGCUUGAACAGAGAUAUAAUUGAUGAUAAUAAUGUCUUAGAUUUGAUCCACAAAAUUGUGCCUCCUGACCAAAUGAAUAUGACCAACGCUAAAAGUAAAAAAUACAACAAAAAAUCUCAAGACGACGACAAAUGGGAUGUAACAUCUGUUAUAUCAAUGUGUAAUAAUGGUGACGUCAGUGAAACAUACACCGACGAGGAAAUAUUUAAAAUGGAUGGGAAAUCUAAAAAUGAUACAAAGAAAACCAGUGAUGCCAAAAAUAAAAAAGAUAAAAAGGGUGCAGCUAACAAAAGUAUUAAUAAAAAAUGUAACGACACACCAAAGACAAAAGAUAUCAACAAAAUUAAAGUCUCGCCAUGUCAGGUUGUUCUUGAAAAAUUGCAGCCAGCAUUAAUAAAUACUAAGGAAAUGUACGACCAAAAUAAAAAAAUACCUAAUCAAAGUAAAGGGACCGUCGCCAGUUGUGUGAGAUCAUUUUGGGAUACUGAUUUUGAAAGUGACAUGGAAGAAAGGCCUCAGUUCACUUGGAAUAAGUUAAUGGAUGGCAAAGGUCAUCAAAAUAACACUAUUGCUAAUAAUACACUAAAUUUGAACAAGAGAAAUGGCAUAAGAGGGGAAAUUCUUACCGUAAGAUGUUCUCAGAACAAGGGAAUUAAUAGUAGCACGAGAUCCGAUAUUAGUAAGGCGUCUCAAAGGAAAAAUUUAAAUAAAAUUGAUGAAAAUAAAGAGCCAGUUGUUAACGAAAAGUGUUUCAAAAACUCUCAAGCAAAUAUAAACAGUUCAUUAAUAGAAGCAAAAGCCAAGAGAGGGAAGCCGAAAUCUACAAAAAACGAUUCGACACCAGCUCGGAAGGUUGAUACUAAGAAUAAAGAGACGAAGAAACGAAAGAACGAAGUGAAUCAUACAAAGAAAAUUCCAAAUAAAACAAGAAUAUUAACGCCGAGGAAGGUUAAUGAAAAAAAACAUCAAAGCAGCCCUAAAAGUAAUCAAUCAAGUUUUAGUUGCCUCAACAUAUCCUCUAGAAGCCUUAGGAGUUUCUCAAGAUCUAAAAGAACAUGAGUCAAUAUAAUCAUGAAACAUCAUUGCUGUAUGCAUAGAAACUUUUAAUUAAUUUGAUGAAUUUUCCAAAAUACUAUUAUUUAUUUAAUAUCAUCAUUGUAAAUAUUAAUAUGUUAUAACGUAUCUGUUUUUAACUCCGCCAUUUUACGGCAGGACCGGUUGUUGCACAGAAAAUGUUGAUAACAUUUUAAUUUAACAUUUCCAUAUAAAAAAUAACAAUUUCAAUCAUGGUUUAUGGCAUUAUACAUUGUAAGUUUCAGGCAUGUGCUACCUUUGUUUUAUAUAGUUAAUAUAAGUAUAGGCUAAAGUUAAUAGACAAUAUAAGCUUUGUUUCAAUGAUUUAUAACUGACCAAUAUUUUAUGAGCACCUCUAUAUUAUGUAAAGAGUUAACUAUAGAAUAAAAAUUAUGGAUUUACUUAUAUUCUAACAUCAUACUUUUAUUCCCAAAACAACGCAUCCAGACAAAAUAAUGCCACAUUGGAAACAAGUAUUUUAAUGUCAAAUAGAAUAUUAGAAGGUAAAAAAGGAAACUUAAUAAGGACAAUGUACAUAAUUUCAUACACUUUUUAAAUUGUCAA